AUGAGCGCCAUCUGUGUACGUCAGCUGGCCGCCGGCACCUGUGAGAUUGUGACCCUGGACCGCGACAGCAGCCAGCCCAGGAGGACCAUCGCCCGCCAGACGGCGCGCUGUGCCUGCAGGAAGGGGCAGAUCGCGGGCACCACGAGAGCCCGGCCCGCCUGCGUGGACGCUCGGAUCAUCAGGACGAAGCAGUGGUGUGACAUGCUCCCGUGUCUGGAGAGCGAAGGCUGUGACCUGCUCAUCAACCGGUCAGGCUGGACGUGCACGCAGCCCGGGGGGCGGAUAAAGACCACCACGGUCUCCUGACAGACGCAGCCCCAGAGGGGCCCCGGGAGUGGCCUUGGCUCCCUGGAGAGUCCACACCUCAGCCACGGUCCUCGGUCGCUGGGGACACCGCCCGUUCUCUGCCGUCUGCCCGCCCUCCGUUCCUCUGUAGCCCGUCAAGGACCGCCCGCGUCUCUGGGGUUCCGUGCUGAGCGUGACCGCCGCAGCGAGGAGCCUGGCCCGGGACGCAGCGGGGCCGCGCU